AUGAAUACUCUUUCCGCGUGGAUCUUCAGCCUGAGUGUGCUGCCUAAGAAAUGGCGGAAAGUCCAACCGGAAACAGAAACGUCGGGCGCGACACACCUGGAUGUAAACUCCAAUGAUAACGAACGCCCGGUCGACCUCACCAUGAAGGUCAUGAAGGAAUUGGCAUAUGCUACUGCCCAGGGCAGUUUCGGUGAUGUAUGGAAGUGCGUGUUCUCAGAUAAAGAUAACAAUGUGGAGGUGGCGGUUAAAUGUGUCAGGAUCGAAAUUCAGGAUGACAGUUUCAAGAAAAUCGUCAGCGAGAGGUUAAUGGAUGACUUCUGCAAGUGGAAACUACUGCGUCAUGAUAACAUUCUUUCCUUGUACGGGAUUACCUACGGAUUUGGUCCAGUACCAGCCAUCGUAUUUCCAUGGAUGACCAAUGGAUCCUUGAGCACGUAUCUUGGUAAAAAUUAUGACAGCCUCUCUGGGGCUCACAAGUUCAGUUUGCUCGCUGAUGUAGCUGCUGGUCUUCAAUAUCUCCACUCUAAGGGGGUGGUUCAUGCGGAUCUCACAGGUAGCAAUGUGCUCAUCAAUAAAGACGGAAGAGCUAUUGUAGCAGACUAUGGGCUCUUGACUACAUGUUCCGACCUGAACGGGACCUCUUACAUCAGGAGUAAUGUACGAUGGUCUGCGCCUGAGCUCUUCGAAGUUCCGGACACCGAGGAUGCAUCUAGCUCACCAAAACUAGAAAGUGACAUUUAUUCAUUUGGAUGCAUCGCAUACCAGGUUUUAUCGGGCAAGCAGCCAUACUGUAACAUUCGCAGUGAUCACCAGGUGGUUGUGGCCAUCCUCAAAGGUGUGAAGCCUAAGCGUCCAGACAUCCCUGCCAUCGAAGAUUGUCACUGGAACUUUAUCGAGCAAUGUUGGGUUGAGUCAUCACAACGACCUCCUAUUGUUGAUGUCCGAGAUUUAAUGUCUUGGUUAGAGAAUGUCAGGAGGAAGCUGUUGUGGUGGAGAAGCAGCCCAUCUGUCACCAGUGAUAGUGGGAUAGACCCCGACAACCACUUGCCCGACCUUACGGGAUUUGUAUCCAAGGACUCGCCUCAUCCAAUAGCGCACGGUAGUUUCGGGGAUGUGUGGAAAUGCACCUAUAUCGCAUCCAACCGGCCUGGCCUGGAGGCAAGCAUGCUACACGUGGCAGUCAAAUCUAUAAGGAUCGAUGUCGCAGGUGACGAAUUCAGGGCCCGAGUUACUCAAAGACUCUUGGGCGAUUUUCGUGCACGCAAGCAACUGCAUCAUGAAAAUCUUUUGCCUUUGCUCGGUUUCAGUCGUGAAUUUGGGCUACUUCCAGCGAUGGUUUCUCCCUGGAUACACAACGGCUCGCUCACUACAUAUCUUGAACACCAUUUCACAGAAUUGUCCAUCAAACAAAAGCUCCUGAUCUUACGGCAAGUCGCUGCAGCCAUCAGCUACCUCCACUCGAAGGGCGUUGUCCACGGUGACCUUACCGCCAACAACAUUCUGAUAGACUCAGACCGCAAUGUCCACGUAGCAGACCAUGGAAUUCUUACCAUGUGUUCUGAGCUCUCAGGGACUUCAUACAUCAGAAGCAACGUGCGGUGGGCUGGACCAGAACUCUUCGAGGUCCCCGAGAGCGAAGAAUCAUUGACUCCACAACCAGCCAGCGAUAUCUAUUCCUUCGGAUGCAUCAUGCUUCAGGUUAUGACAGGCAGACCACCUUACGCAGAUGUGCGAAGCGAUCACCAAGUCAUUGUCCUGAUACUGAAGGGUAAGAAGCCUACAAGGCCAUUGAGUCCGCACGACGCAGAUUCUUUCUGGGAUUUCAUCGAAAAAUGCUGGGGUGAUAUAGGACGUCGCCCCUCUGCCGUUGAUGUUCUGAACUUCUUAGGAUCAGAUCAUAUUACUGCGCUAGUUAAACAAACACAGAGCUGA